GAAACCAUGAGUUUGAUUUUGGUGUGGAUAUUUUGGAAGAAUACAUGAAACAAAUGCACUUUACAUGGUUUCUCAGUAAUGUCUAUGACAGAUUUACUUCUGAACCUCUUGGACAUGGUGCAGUAAAAAAAAUAGUUAAUUGGAACAAUAUAAAAAUUGGCUUAAUGGGAUUAGUUGAAGAAGAUUGGUUAGAUACCCUGGCUACUGUUAAUAAGUCAAAUGUAGACUAUAAAGAUUAUGUUGAGGUUGCCAAUGAAAUAGCAGUAGAACUUAAAGAAGAAGGAGCAGAUCUUGUUAUUGCAAGGACUCAUAUGAAAUGGGGAAAUGACACAAGGCUUGCACAAUGAGCAGAAGGGGUCAAUUUGAUUCUAGGAGGCCAUGACCAUGAGUAUGGAAUCAGGAAGGUAAAUGAAACUUGGAUUGUCAAAAGUGGAUCUGAUUUUCAAAACUUGACAAAAAUAAAUAUAAGACUCUUUGGUACAUCUUUCCAAUACAUAUUUGAGAAAGUGGACAUUUUGAGUUAUUUGGAAGAAGAGUCAUAUAUCAAAGCAAUAGUAAAAGAUUUUACUCAAAACAUACAGAAAUGGUAUAUGUUAGAAGAAGUUCUGUGUCCAGUUGAUAUGGAAUUAGAUGGCCGUGAAAUUACUGUAAGAAGAUCUGAGAGCAAUCUUGGAAAUCUGGUAACUAAUGCAAUGUUGGAGGCUACUUGUGCUGAUGUAGCACUGCUUAAUUCAGGCACUCUUAGAUCUGACAGAAUACAUCCGCCAGAGAAUUUCACUUUGCAUGAUCUCUUGGCUAUUCUUCCCAUAGUGGACCCAGUUUUAGUUGUUAGAGUAACAGGUGCACAGCUGCUUGAAGCACUUGAAAAUGGGGUUUAUAAGUACCCAGCUCUAGAUGGGAGAUUUCCUCAAGUUGCUGGAAUAGAAUUUGGAUUUGAUCCAGAUGCAGAACCAGGACACCGAAUCAUAAGAGAUACUGUAAAAGUUCAAGGACAAUACUUACGAAAAAGAAAAGUUUACCUUCUUGCUAUUAAGGAGUACAUUGCAAAUGGGAAGGAUGGUUAUAGUAUGCUUAAAAGUUGUCCUCGAAUGUUUGACACAGAAACCGCACAAGUACUUUCUACAGUAGUGAUGAAUCACUUUGAAUCAAUAAAAAUUUUGCAGGGCAAGAAAAAGUGCCUUUCAGGUCAUCGAAUGAGUUUAAUUACUAUUACAAACAAAUCACCAUCCCUAACAGCUUUAGAGGAAGAAUCAGGUGACCCAUCAGCAGUAAUCGCAGUACCUGGCAUAGAAGGACGAAUUUGCCAUAUUUCUCAGGAUAUGAAAGAACAUUUGCACCAACUUAGAACUGCAAGAAAACAAGGUUUAAGAAAUUUCCCCACCAUUAGUGGUAGUGCAGCUGAGAAUUCUGAUUCUGAUUGA